UGUUAGGGUUUAUGCGCGAAUGGAAGGCGCGACGAGCGGCGGCCAUGGAGACGAGGCGGCCGCCACGGCCGCCGCUGCCAGUGCCGCUCUCGUCGCCGCGCGCGUUGUCAAGCCCCAGGAGGUGCUGGAAUCGCUCAUGAACGACGGCACAUUCGACGCUCUGCGCGGCAAGGUCACGGCCCAGCUCAAGAGCAAUGAAGAUCUCAAGCGAUACACGCAAUCGCUGGUGGAGAAGAGCCAGUGUCUCAACAGCCCCGGGGCGGACAACAAAACGCGGCGGGAGCUCUUUGAUGCGCUGCGCCGCGAGCUCGAGGGUCCUGUUCUUGACAGAGCUUCCAAGGCAGCAUGGGAGCUAAUCCUCUCGAAAGAGAACUUGGGCAAGGAGAUUGCCGAGGCUGUGGACUCGACUUACAGCAAACUUAGCACGCAAACGAUCGAGGAAGAGAGAGCGCCAUCGCUAGAGAGACCCAGCAACGAUCAUGGCACCGAGAAGAGCACGCCAUCGCAGGAAAGAGGUGAUUUGCCAGGAGCUAGCAAAGGAUUGAAUGGGCAUGGUGGCUACUACCACCCGGGAGGAAGCGCUUCGAAUGGCCGGGAGGGGAGCUUGAAAAGGGAUAGAGAUCAAUUGGAAAGGAUGGACAGGGAGCGAAGCAGCCGGAUGCCGCUGGAGCGAGAGAGCUCCCGGGACAGGGAUCGAGAGUUCUCGCGGGAUAGAGAUUAUCCCGAGAAGACGAGGAGCAGGGAUAGAGAUCUAUACGAGCGCCGGGACGCUGCGAGAGAAAGAGAGAGGGAGCAGCACCACUUUGGUGGUGGAAGAUCUUCCUAUGAUGGCCAGGAUUUCUCCAGGGACAGGGAAUUCUCGCGGGAGCACAGUGGAAGAGAUUUCUAUGAUUCGAGGAGAAUGCCGCGAUCGUGAAGAACACACUGCUGGAGUAGUGUUGUAAGGCUUGGCAAGCUUGGCUAUGGUGGACGUUUAAAUUAUGCUAAUGAGAUUGAAUUGGUUUAUCCA